AUGACAAGAGCAUAUCAUCCACCUCCACCUCCAUUAGAUCUCCCCUAUGGUGAUGGAUCACAUAAGAUUUUUGGAAUGGAAAACUUUGGAAAUACUUGUUAUUGUAAUUCAAUUCUUCAAUGUCUAUAUUAUACAGAAAGCUUUAGAAAACAUUUAGUGCUGCAUAAUUAUACCAAGCAUGAUCCUAAAUUAUCAGUACUAGGAUCAAGACCUCAUAAUUUCACUUUUAAAUAUGAUCAAUUAUAUCAGAAAAGAUUACGAGAACAACCAAAUAAUGCUCCUAUUCUGGCUGGAUCAGGAAACAGUGGGAUAGGGAGUAAUGAAGAUAGACCCAAACUGUCUCGAAAAAGUUCUAUAUUUGGAAUCAAAUUCAAUUAUUCAUCAUCUACAGUAGGUCAAACUUCAAAUCCCGGGGAUGAUUGUCGGAAAUUUGCUCAAUAUAUUAAAGAAGCAAAUAAUUGUGAUUGUCUUAAUUUUGAUCAAAGAAUUAAAAUAAGUAAAAGUCCUGAAUUCCUGAAACUUGCUAUCUUAGUAACAAGACCAACUAAUGAGGUCACAGGUUCUUCAACAAAAGUAGAUUAUUCUCAAAGUUCAUCAAUGCUUUUAAAUAAUGAUCAACAAAUGCAACAAUCUGCUCCAGAGGGGUCAAUUGGUUCUACUUCCAGUUCUAUCAUUGUUGGUAUUCCACAUCCAGAACCUACUUUAUUAAAUCCAAUUAAUCCAUUUAAUCCAAAUCCAAAUGUAGAUCAACGGAAAAGAUCAGCUUUAAUUAAUGGUCCAAUUAUAAAUUUAGAUUCUUCUUUACAAUCAGAAGAUAAAGAAGAUUCAGCAUUAUUAUAUGCAUUAAAAGAUAUGUUUGAAGCAAUGAUUGAGAAUAAAUCAACUAUUGGAGUUGUUUCACCAGUUCAUUUCAUUUAUAAAUUAAAAGAAAAGAAUUAUUUAUUUCGACAAAAUAAUAUGCAUCAUGAUGCUCAUGAAUUCUUUAAUUAUUUAAUUAAUGAAAUUAUUGAAAGUUUAAAUAAAGAAGUUGGAAUAGAUAAUAAUUGGUGUAAUAAUAUUUUUCAAGGAUUAAUUACAAAUGAAACUAAAUGUCUUUCGUGUGAAGCAGUAACUUCCAAACAUGAAUUCUUUCUUGAUUUAUCAGUUGAUAUUCCUCCAGGUCAAUGUGCAUAUUCAUUAAAUCAUUCCCUAAACAAUUUUUCAAAACUGGAAACAUUAAGUAAUCAAAAUAAAUUUUAUUGUAAUACCUGUUCAUCACUUCAAGAAGCAGUUAAAACAAUCAAAUUGAAAAAAUUACCCGAAGUUCUUGUCAUAAAUCUUAAAAGAUUCAAAUAUGAUGAAUCAGUUGAUAAAAUGGUGAAAUUAUUUGAUUCAAUUAGUUAUCCAUUCGGAUUGAGAUUGUUUAAUACCACUGAUGAUGAACAAGAACUGCAUUUAUAUGAACUUUAUGCAUUAGUAAUUCAUAUUGGUGGUGGACCAAUGCAUGGACAUUAUGUUUCAAUUUGUAAAAUUAAAGCCGGUUUAUGGCUUUUAUUUGAUGAUGAAACAGUUGAACUAGUUGAGGAUUCUUACGUCAUGAGAUUCUUUGGAAAUGGUCCAGGGUUAGCCAGUGCAUAUAUCUUAUUUUAUUCCAAAUCUCACGCCACUGCUAAUAGCGAUGAUAUAAAUUUUGGCUUUAAUGUCAAUGAUAUGUAUAAAGGUGAAGAUUUUGCAACCUUUCAACAAUUGAAUCCUCAAAGCAGUCCAAUUAUAUCUUCAAAGAAUCAUAGUAUGUCUAAAGAAUUAGUGGAAGAACAACAAAAUGAAAAUCUGAAAUCAGAAACAUCGUCAUUGGGUUCAUUCAAUGGUUCAGAACAAAGGAGGUCAAGUAUGUUCAAAUCUUUCAAAUUUGAUUCAUCAUCGUCAAAGGAAGAAAAACCACCUUCUAGAUCAAGUAGUCAUAAAGAACCAAAAGAGAAGAAAUCAUGGGUUGGUGGACUUAAACGAAGAGAUAAUAAAAAUGAUUCAAAUUCAGAUAAAAAGAGUGGUACUUCCAUAAGUUCUGGAUCUACUACUAAUAAUGUUGAAAGAAAGAAGUCAAUUUUUGGAUUCAAACGAAAGUAG